CAGCAGCUCUCCCAGGCGCCCGAACGCCUCCCCCCUCCCCGACGCCACCACCAGUGCGCGCGCUGCAGGCCAGCAGCGGCAGCCGCAGCCGCGCGGCCAGGAGCCUCGGCGGCGGCACCCGGGGCGCCGCCGUCGGCGGCGAGGUCGUCAUAUGGUCUGCACCAGGACCAGCGGCACGCCGGGGCCGCACGCGAGCCUCAGCGCGGCCACCCAGCGCCUCCGCGGCCUCCAGCCCCGCCGCGUCCCCGGCGGCGAGCGCGACCACGCCUUGGCCGCCCGCAGGCGCCCCGCGUCGGCCGCCGCAGGGCCGCCGCCGCCGGGCAGGUCCCAGAGGUGGAGGGUCACGUCCCGCAGGGUGCCGGACGCGGAGCGCACGGUGGCCCGCGCCUCGGAGAAGUGCGGGACCAGGGUGCUUCUCUCCUGUGA